ACAGUUCGUUUGGUGAGCCCCACCAAUUUACCGUUAUCUGGUCGUGUUGAAGUGUUUUAUAAUGGUAUAUGGGGAACCAUUUGUGAUGACUUAUGGAGCUCACAGGACGCUGAAGUAGUCUGUCGUCAGCUUGGAUACGAUGGUGCUUUAUCAGCACCUGGAGCCGCAGCGUUUGGACAAGGAACUGGUCAGAUAUGGCUGGAUAACGUUAGAUGUUUUGGAAAUGAGAAAACCAUAUCACAGUGCAGACACGAAGGAUGGGGAGUUGAGAACUGUGGGCAUAGUAAAGACGCUGGUGUGGUAUGCCGACCCGGAGGUAAAGUAACGAUACGAGUACUUUUUAUUACCAUCUUUAGCAAGUAUUAA